GCUCGUCUUCCGUACCAUACUCGUAUCUGAUUGGUCAAACAAAUACUGGUCCGGUGCUACUUUCGCAUCGUCUACACAACGUUUGAUAGCUAUUUAACGCUGAGCCAGGAUGAGUCUCAGAAAACAGACACCCAGUGACUUCCUGAAGCAAAUCAUCGGCAGACCGGUGGUGGUCAAGUUGAACUCGGGCGUCGAUUACCGAGGUGUCCUCGCCUGCCUGGAUGGUUACAUGAACAUCGCCAUUGAGCAGACGGAGGAGUAUGUCAACGGGCAGCUCAAGAACAAGUACGGUGAUGCCUUUCUAAGAGGAAACAAUGUUCUUUAUAUCAGCACACAGAAGAGGAAAGUCUAGUGAUGCUCUUUUUUUUUUUUGGGUGCCAUUUUGGUUUGUUUCUUGUGGCUGUUAUUUUAGCUUGACUGCAACAUGAGUACUGAAGAAUCUUUUGUAAAUGUUGAAUUGUGAAUAAAUCCUGAGUUUGGAGUUA